UCCUCUUCGAUAUUCAUCAAACCGUGACCCAUUAGUCAAUUUUCAACAAAUAGGAUCCCACUCCGGUCCUGGAAGAACCAAACUGACGUAACGACUGUCGUCACCCGCUCGACACCCGCUGCUGCCAAGUGUCCUUUAGUUCGUUUUAUUUGCAUAAAAAAGGCGCAGCCAGCAACGGGGAAAACUGCACCAGAAAAAGAUUAGUUCCGCGAAGGGACUGGUGGCGGCACCAAGCUACGCCAACGCGGUGCGGCACGUGUACCUCUUAUGGUUCUUUCACUCUCACUCAAAUCCUUGUGAUUGGAUAAAUCUCGACGCCGCCCGCCGGCCAACGACGGCGGCGGCCGUUCGACGUUCUCUGUGGUCAACGGUUUUUGGCUUGAACUCUGGAACAUGAAGGGUGGAAUUGUCCCUUGCCAUCCUCGCGGCACAUAUUUAUUUUUUAUUAUUUUCCGUUCGAGUCGAAAAAUCAGUUCUCACUAUUCGAGCGAAUUGCCGUUGCCUUCGUCGUCGUCGUCGUCGUCGUUGGCGAUUCACCCUCCGGGAAAAACUUCGGUUCGUAAUAGAUACAACCCUAAGUACAAUUAAUCGAGGGCAGAAAGGUAGAGCACUGCGUUCUACCUAAGCGACCCCUCGUUUUAUGAAUGAUCGUCCUAGAACGAACACUGCAGCAGGAUCCUCAGCCCGAAUGAACUGUUGUGCUGGCUGUGUGCGUGUUACGAAUGAAUGCCGUCGAAAGCGGAAUGAAAUAAACCGGGAGGGUACGUGUUUUGGUAAUAAGCAAGGACCGCCUCUCAUUAUCCUGGCAGGCGGCGGCGGUGCGCUUGUAUGGGUGUUCUAUCGCGUCGCACGCUAGAGGUCCUAGCUAGAGGAAGCUGCACCCAAUCAGAGGGAAGCAGUCGUGUGCAAUAUGCGCUUGGGCGUCAAGUAGGAAAGAAUCCUCUUAUAACUGCCCGAUUUGUGCCGAAACUGGAUCAAACCGAGUCAAACUCUCAAUGAAGCAUCAUCCAGCGCAGCGGUGAAAAGUACGAAAAGGAUUAACGCUGUGGUGCGGAUAAGAAGUGCGUAGCUGCGUGUGAAAGUUGAAACAAACUAAUGAACUGGUGAAAUCAAGUGGACAGCAACAGUGGCGAUAUAAGUGAUCAGAAAAUAUUUGUGGAUUAGCUAUUGUCUCAGUGCAAAAAGGAUACUUUGCAACCAUGCAGUCGCCAGUCAGUUCACCAGAACUUAUGGACCCACGAUACAGCCAUUUGAGGAUUCCGGCUUCAUCAAGUCGGAUCCUUUACGAUGUUCCGUGCAAGGUAUGUCGCGAUCAUAGCUCGGGAAAACACUACGGAAUCUACGCUUGCGAUGGAUGUGCCGGCUUCUUCAAACGAUCCAUCCGCCGAAGCCGACAGUAUGUAUGCAAAUCCAAAUCGGAGACACCGUGCACCGUUGACAAAACUCAUCGGAAUCAGUGUCGAGCGUGCCGCCUGAAGAAAUGCUUCGAGGUUGGCAUGAACAAGGAUGCAGUUCAACAUGAGCGAGGACCACGUAGCUCAACCUUACGUAAGCAGAUGGCCCUCUUCAUCGCCAAGGAUACACCCCUGCGUCACGAGCUGAUGAUUCCUCCACCGAUCCCGCUGGGUCAGCCAACGAUGGGUCUUGAUCUGAGCAUGCAAAGGAACGCUUUCUUGAGCCCACAGUCCAUGGUCCACCCAACACUCUUUCCAGCAAUGCAAUCACCUCAUCCUUUGAUCGCUGCCGACGCUAUCCGGGAAUCAGCUGCGCAGCUUCUCUUCAUGAACGUCAACUUCCUUAAAAACUUGGUACCCUUCACGAAACUACCGCUAGAUGAUCAACUAUUCCUUUUCGAAGAAUCCUGGCGAGAGUUCUUCAUCCUAGCCGUGGCGCAAUACCUGUUACCGGUCAACUUCAACCACCUGCUAGUGGCCUACGAAUAUCUCAACAACAACCGAGGCGAACCGAUCCCAGAGUGCAUAAUCCGGGAAGUGGACAUAUUCCAAGAAAUUCUCACACAAAUCGUUGCCCUAAGAGUAGACACCAACGAAUUCGUCUACCUACGGGCGGUUGUGCUGUAUAAAACGGAAUUCGACCCGGAAAGCAGUAUAUCCAGCAGUAGCAGCGAUGGAUCGGAUUUCAUCUCUUCAACAUCCAAAUCAAUUCAGGAAAUAAGCACAGUCCGAGCCUUGGAGGAUGGUGCCAAGGAGGCUCUUGCCGCCUAUGUGAGGACGUGUAGACCUGUUCCGGCAGAGCGGUAUCGACUUUUGCUGCAAUUAUUGCCUGUUCUGCGAAACGUAUCAACCUACACGAUCGAAGAGCUCUUCUUCAGGAGAAACAUUGGCCCUGCUCCAUUACUCAAACUACUUCUAGAUUUUUACCGGCAAAAAUAACUUGAACGUGUCUGUCUAUACUAAAAUCACGAUUCGAUCCCGGAUGGUCGAAUCGCUAAAUUGACUGUGAUUGAUUUGUGUAAAUAUUAGUUUUAACAAAAUGGAAUCAAAAUUUCUUUCCAGAAGUAAACAAUAUAUGACCAACAUAGCUAGAUUUACUAAAUAAGUGGAAUUGUUACAUUAGUGAAAAUAAGAAACAGUUGCUAAAUAAACGAAAACUAAAUCAACUAAAGCAUCUACGCCUUCAGUCAUCCAGACCUUCCCAAGCACCAAGAAAAAGGAUUACUGUCCUUAAUGAUCGGUAAUUUGCACAAAAAUCUGCAGAAGCUGUUGCCGACGGAUUUUCAGAAGGGAUCGAAAGCAGCACAACUAAAUUCGUUUCCAUUCAUUCAAGUUUCCGAACAACAAGCAGUGCCGCCAUGCUGGCUUAUGCCCUAGCAUUUUUUCUCUCUCAUUCUGGGCAUUGUUGAAUAAUCCUCUUCUGUUGCGAUGAUGGCUGCAUCCUCUGUCAUGUUUUUCGUCUCACUCAGACGCAUUGAAAUCACUGCUGGAAAUCGACUUAUGGUGCGAUGAUGCGUACGAGGAUGGCACACAAGGAUAUCCCUCGGUUGCCUGCUGAUGGCUUCUAUCGCGUUUCCCUAUCUUUGGCGUGCCGCUUUGGGCCUCUAGUCGUUGUAGCGCCUAACUCCUGACAGGCUGCUGCAUUUCUAACCGUGGCUUUUGAUCG